UUUCGCGCGGAACGGACGUGCUUGGGAAUGAUUUGCUCUCCCGAUGAAUUAACGCGAAAAACUUUACGUAUUAUUUACAAUUGACUUUAAUUUAAUUUUAAUUCAUUGUAAAUUUGUUCAGUUUAAUUUCGUAACUCAAGAAGUUAUAAUAGAUUUUUGAAGACCAGAUGCGGGGCCCGUAGUGAACUGAUUCACGAUGCUCCAGUGGUCGUUGCUGUUCCUCACUCUGCUAUGUCUCUCAGUUAAAGAUAUAACAGGCAGUUGGGAGGAAUGGUGGACAUAUGAUGGAAUAUCAGGUCCAGGAUUCUGGGGGCUGAUUAACCCGCAAUGGAGCAUGUGCAACAAGGGGCGCCGCCAAAGCCCCGUCAAUGUCGAGCCAGAGAAGCUACUCUUUGACCCCUGGCUGAGGGACAUACAAUUCGACAAGCACAAGGUGAGUGGUGUUCUCCAAAACACGGGCCAGUCUUUAGUGUUCCGUGUCGACAAGGACUCCAAACACCAGGUGAACAUAAGUGGGGGCCCGCUUUCCUAUCGCUACCAGUUCGAGGAGAUCUACUUCCACUACGGCCUUGAGGAUCAUCGUGGAUCAGAGCAUCAGAUAGACCAUCAUACGUUUCCUGGAGAGAUUCAACUUUAUGGAUUCAACAAGGAGCUAUAUCAUAACAUGUCCGAAGCCCAACACAAGUCGCAAGGAGUAGUUGGAAUAUCGCUUAUGGUUCAAAUCGGCGAGCCAAUAAACAAAGACCUAAGAUUGAUUACAAGCGCCUUCAGUAAUGUACGAUUCAGAGGAAGCUCGUUCCCUAUCAAGCAUUUGCCGCUCAGUUCUCUACUGCCUGACACUCAGCAGUACCUCACUUAUGAAGGCUCUACCACACACCCUGGCUGCUGGGAGACGGCUGUCUGGAUAAUAUUCAACAAACCGAUUUAUAUUUCUAAACAAGAAAUGUACGCCAUCCGUCGUCUAAUGCAAGGCUCCCAGAUAUCACCAAAGGCUCCGCUAGGCAACAACGCGCGUCCUGUACAGCCUCUACACCAUCGCACUGUCAGGACCAACAUUAACUUCAACAAACAAGGAGUACCCGUAUCGAGCAAUUGUCCUGACAUGUACCGAAAUAUGCACUACACUGCAACACAAUGGCCUCGUGAACACAGCAUGCGAUAUCGAAGCGCCGAUGAUAUGUCUAUGUUAUCACUUACUUAAACUUGUAACUUUGAUAAGUUAAUUAUCUAUUCUUUAUAUUGGUAUUUGUAAAUUUAUAUUUCACGUCUUAAAUUUAUAUUGAAUCGGUUUUUUAAAUUAAAUUCUUGGAUUCAUUGUUUUUUUAGAAAUAUGCUUUAAGUUACUUGAGACUUUUUUUAAUUUUUAAUCGUAACAAAAUGUAUAAUCUAACCAAAGGUAGCGAGUUACUUUAGAUUUAUAUUUAGAUGUGCUUUCCUUUAUAGUGUUUAUAAACCGUCAAUUGUGUAGACAAUAUCUCCCUUGAUAUAAUCUUUUUAAGCAAAAUAAUUAUAAGCUUAUACAAACAUAUUUGAUAUAAAAAAAAUCUUCGCUAAAAUGAUACAUGUACUAAUAGAAGCAUAGAUGUAAAUUUGUAUAUAAACAUUAAAAAUAUUUAAACGGAAUAUCGUAAUACGUCCACGGUGUUAUUAUAUACCGAUAUAUUAAAUUAAACAAAGCAAUUGCAAAAGCUAUACUUAUAUAUUGCUAUACUUUUUUGCUAAGAAGUAAUGUUUAGUUAAGGCACAAAUAUAUCAACAGCGAAGCGGCGGCGAGCGAUAUUUUAUCAUAAUAGUAAAACAUGCAAUUUUAAGAUAUGAUAUUACCUUACGCGUUUGUGUGAAUCAAGCUUUUAUGAUUAAUUCAAUAAUACUAUGUAAUUGUUGGCUUGGAUAAAACUUAAUUAUAUCUCCAUAACGCAUACCUAAGUGUAUUAAAUGUAACUCGUUGAUAUUAUUUAAAAAGAAAGCUUUUGUUAUCCAAAAUAAAGCACAUUACGAUUUAGUCAAAAAGUUGAUAUAAUAUGUUUAAUUAAUAUUUAUCUAAAUUCCAUAUAGGAUUACAAAUGUCUAUAUAAUAUAAAGUGUAUGUAAAAAAACCUUAUGAUUAGAGAAUUAAAUAUACCAAUGAUGUAGUACUUUAUUUGCUUAAAAUGUUAUUUUAACGUCAUUUAAAAAUAUAAUUUCAUGGCGUGUAUUUUCCAUAUUGUAAAACGUAAUAUUAGAUGUUGUUAUAACCGUAUGUUUAUAUAGUUAAGUAUUUAUAUAGCGAUUACGUAUGUUAUCAUAAAAUAUAAAAGUUUUCAAAUAUAGCAUUGUUAACGUAACUGUAAUGUACCUAAGGAAUUUAACAUUUUAGAUU